AUGCCAAGACACAACAGGUUCAGUGUCGCCCUUCUUACCAGCUACAAAGUUCAGAUUCAACCUUAUGAAAAGAUAAAGGCUCGGGGCUUACCUGAUAAUAUAUCUUCUGUGUUGAACAAGCUAGUGGUGGUGAAACUCAAUGGUGGUCUGGGAACCAGCAUGGGCUGCAAAGGCCCUAAAAGUCUGAUUGGUGUGAGGAAUGAGAAUACCUUUUUGGAUCUGACUGUUCAGCAAAUUGAACAUUUGAACAAAACCUACAAUACAGAUGUUCCUCUUGUUCUAAUGAACUCUUUUAACACCGAUGAAGAUACCAAAAAAAUACUACAGAAGUACAAUCACUGUCGUGUGAAAAUCCACACUUUCAAUCAAAGCAGGUACCCAAGGAUAAAUAAAGAAUCUUUAUUGCCAGUAGCAAAAGAUGUGUCUUACUCAGGGGAAAACACCGAAGCUUGGUACCCACCAGGUCAUGGUGAUAUUUAUGCCAGUUUCUACAAUUCUGGUUUGCUGGAUACUCUUAUAGGAGAAGGCAAAGAAUAUAUUUUUGUGUCUAAUAUAGACAAUCUGGGUGCCACAGUGGAUCUUUAUAUUCUUAAUCAUUUAAUGAACCCACCCAAUGGAAAACGCUGUGAAUUUGUCAUGGAAGUCACGAAUAAAACACGUGCAGAUGUGAAGGGUGGAACCCUUACUCAGUAUGAAGGCAAACUGAGACUGGUAGAAAUCGCUCAAGUGCCAAAAGCCCAUGUUGAUGAGUUCAAAUCUGUAUCCAAAUUCAAAAUAUUUAACACAAACAAUCUCUGGAUCUCUCUUGCAGCAGUUAAAAGAUUACAAGAGCAAAAUGCUAUUGACAUGGAAAUCAUUGUGAAUCCAAAAACUUUGGAUGGAGGCCUGAAUGUUAUUCAGUUAGAAACUGCAGUAGGAGCAGCCAUUAAAAGUUUUGAGAACUCUCUAGGUAUUAAUGUUCCCAGGAGCCGUUUUCUUCCUGUCAAAACCACAUCAGAUCUCUUACUUGUGAUGUCAAACCUCUACAGCCUUAAAGCAGGAUCUUUGACAAUGAGUGAAAAGCGUGAAUUUCCUACAGUGCCCUUGGUUAAAUUAGGCAGUUCUUUUACAAAGGUUCAAGAUUAUCUGAGAAGAUUUGAGAGUAUACCAGAUAUGCUUGAAUUGGAUCAUCUCACAGUUUCAGGAGAUGUGACUUUUGGCAAGAAUGUUUCUUUAAAGGGAACAGUCAUCAUCAUUGCCAAUCAUGGUGACAGAAUUGACAUCCCACCUGGAGCAGUAUUAGAGAACAAGAUUGUAUCUGGGAACCUUCGCAUCUUGGACCAUUAAAAUGAAAAUUACCUGUAUGACUUCUACUAAUUAUGGGCUACAUAAUUUCUUACAGUGAAAUGUUCUUUAGGAUUGUAAAGUAGGAAGGUACUUUGCUGUGUUACGGUACCUACAGUGUUAAUUUUUAAAGUUUUCUGCAGUAUGCUUUUAGUUUAAGAAAAGCACCAAUGGAAGCAAUAUUUUUCUUCUUUGAAGAGGCUCCUGAAAGUCAGUUCAUUUUAAAGUGCAAUACUGCUUAAUCUUAAAACUGGGGCAGCUUUGUUGAAAGAUCUUUUAACAGAGGCCUCAGUGAUGGUCACUUUGAAUUGUUUAUGAUUUCAAAAAUAAAGCUGUGAAGCACUCUAUGUGUAUACUAUACCUUUCAAUGCUAACUUUAUGAAAUGAAGUAAAAAGGUUUACUUUUUGCUAAAGUUAUCAGUUUGAAGAUUUGCUCUUAGAAUAUUUUAGUACUCAUUGACAAUUAUUUAAUAAAUCCAGAUAUUUUCAUUUCUACAAAUUUUAACCACAUCAUUAUUGCCAUAGGAAUUAAACUUGAAUGUAUACUUUUUUCAUCUAGUUUUAAAGUUGGGAUACUGGCUAUGCUUUAUUACAUUUAUCUAAACAUUGUGGGUGGGAGGGCAGACAGAGGUGUAGGACAUUUAUUUUAUUCCUUGUUUUCUAGUAUUGUGAGUGGGUUUAUAGCUUUAUAAAGAGUUCCCUUUCUUUUCAAGCUUUCUUUAAGCUGCUAUUCUCACUGAAAUAUGCUUAUGAAUAAUCUUUCAAAUCAGGCCUGCUCGUGGUUUAAUUUGUGCCUUUUGAAGAAUCCAAACAUAUUUUCCAAUUCUUCCAUACUUGUUUUGAGUAGGCUACUUGUUUAAAGUUUACUGUAUACUAUUAAAAAAAUUUU